GGCAAACAUUUCUCCCGAUCUUAUCCCGCCAUAGUUCCCCUACUCCUCCACCACAGACUCAUCAAAGCCGCGACCAAGCUCCUCCACUGUGCCACUGCGAGCCUGCUGCGGGGGCCCGGGCUUCUAUUUCUUCUGCUGCUCCACUUCUUCUGCUGGACCCACACUCUCCUCGCAUCUCCCAUUUCACUCUCCUCUAUAGUUUAUUCACCCGCUGCCGUGAUUACCCUUUUGUUUUUUUGCAGUACGCCUUUCAACUUUUCUCUCACUUAUUUCGGGCUUUUUUUUUUACAUUUCGGAACCUGGAAGUCCAGCCAUCACCAUGCACAAGCUGUACAUCGGGAAUCUAAGCGAAACCGUGACUGCCGAGGACUUGGGGAAAACAUUUGACGAGCACAAGAUCCCAUACUCCGGACAGUUUCUCAUGAAAACCGGCUACGCAUUUGUGGACUGUCCGGACGACCAGUGGGCCAUGAAGGCUAUCGAGACGUUUUCUGGUAAAUUGGAACUUCAGGGGAAACGUAUAGAGGUGGAGCACUCCGUCCCCAAGAAGCAAAGGACCAGGAAACUACAAAUCAGAAACAUUCCACCUCACCUGCAGUGGGAGGUGCUGGAUGGUCUAAUGGCCCAGUGUGGAACCGUGGAGAACUGUGAACAAGUGAACACGGACUGUGAGACUGCAGUGGUCAACGUCACAUACGCAUCAAGAGAACAUGCCCGGCAAGCCAUCCAGAAGCUGAAUGGUUACCAGUGUGAGAACAACGCCCUCCGUGUCAGUUACAUCCCAGAUGAAACCUCAGAGAUGGAGGGAGGCCACAGAGGCCAGGACAAUGGCCGUCGUCCGGGUUAUGGACCCCGGGGUGGCCCUCGUGGCGGGUCCCCGAGCUCUGGCAUGCCACCCAAAUGUCAGCACGCCGACAUGCCCCUCAGACUUCUGGUCCCAACGCAGUUUGUGGGAGCCAUUAUUGGCAAGGAGGGAGCCACAAUUCGCAACAUCACCAAGCAGACACAGAGCAAAGUUGACGUCCACCGAAAGGAGAAUGCAGGGGCUGCUGAGAAGCCCAUCAGCAUUCACUCCACCCCUGAGGGCUGCUCGUCUGCCUGCAGAAUGAUACUGGAAAUCAUGCAACAGGAAGCCAAAGACACCAAAGCGUGCGUUGAGGAAGAAAUGGCGGAGGAGUUGAUUCCCCUGAAGAUUCUUGCCCACAACAACUUUGUUGGCCGUUUGAUCGGAAAGGAGGGAAAGAACCUAAAGAAGAUUGAGCAGGACACAGACACCAAGAUCACCAUCUCACCUCUGCAGGACUUGACCCUGUACAACCCAGAGAGAACCAUCACCAUUAAAGGCCUUGUGGAAGCCUGCUGCCAGGCAGAAGUGGAGGUGAUGAAAAAGAUCAGGGAGGCAUAUGAGAACGACAUCGCUGCCAUGAAUCAACAGACUCACCUUAUUCCUGGUCUUAACCUGGGUGCACUGGGUCUCUUCCCAUCUUCCUCCAAUAUGCCCCCACCGCCACCUGGAAAUGCGGUCGGUGGCGCCCCUUAUGGUUGCUUUGGGGCUCCGGAGCAGGAGACGGUGCAUGUGUACAUCCCUGCUCAGGCAGUGGGAGCCAUCAUCGGAAAGAAAGGGCAGCACAUCAAGCAGCUGAGUCGCUUUGCUGGCGCUUCCAUCAAGAUCGCUCCAGCUGAAACUCCGGAUGCUAAAACCCGCAUGGUGAUUGUGACUGGGCCUCCUGAGGCUCAGUUUAAGGCUCAGGGAAGAAUCUAUGGCAAACUGAAGGAAGAGAACUUUUUUGGACCCAAAGAGGAAGUCAAGCUUGAGACACAUAUCAAGAUGGCUGCUUCCGCUGCAGGAAGAGUCAUUGGCAAGGGCGGCAAGACGGUGACCGAGCUCCAGAACCUGACGGCUGCGGAUGUCGUCGUGCCCAGAGAUCAGACCCCAGAUGAAAAUGACCAGGUCAUCGUCAAAAUCAACGGACAUUUCUAUGCCAGCCAGCUGGCCCAGAGAAAGAUUCGGGAUAUCCUGACCCAAGUCAAGCCGCCACAGAAAGGUGGAAUGGCCAUGGGUCCGGGGCCCCAGCCACAGGGCUUCACAGAAAUGGGCAGUCCAACACAGGGACUCAGCCAAGACCAUCAACAACGCAGGAAGUGAGCGCCACACCGUGGGUGAGCCUUGCCACCUAUUGGACUGACACAGACACAUGGACGGACGGACGGACGGACGGAUAUUGAAGAGCAACACACGGACCCAGCGAUAGACAGGGGUGACAUGAAGAGGGAGGCAUUCGCCCGGAGAUAAGACAGACAUUUAAAGAGAAUAGGAACAAAUGAAAAGAUGAAAUGGAAAAAAAUGAGUAAAUUAAAAAUGGCAAAAAACAAGAUCAGAAGACAGGCCAGAAGAACGACUGACUGAGGAUGGGAGGAUGAUGGAGUGGGGGGUGGUUUCUUCCGAGUGGUCAUUAGUGCGUCUACAGCAAGUUAGGCAUCCAAAGACGGACUGAAACUAAGUGACAAAUAGAUGACAACCUUCUGCUUUGAUGCAGCCUUUGAGACACUAGUGACACCCACCUGUACCUCAGCCACCCCCCACCUCCCACAGGCCUCUCUUCCCUUCCGCACUCAGUCCUAUAUUUUAAGGGUUUCUUUCUUUCUUUUUUUUUUAAAGAUAGAGAUAUAUGUAUAGAAAUGUUAUAUUCAGAGCUAUUAUUGAUAGAAUGCAGUGAGGCAGAGUCAGGAGAGGAAGCGUUGAAGCUGCUGUAGCGGCACGGGUAUGUGUGUGUGUGUGUGUGCGCGCGUGCUACGCCCACCUCCAACCCAGUAGCCAAUGAAAGUAUAGCCGAGGGGCCGCAGAUGUUAACACUGCUCUUUGAGGAAUUCUCCGAAUAGCGGGGAGGCUAGAAAAAAAACAAAAAUAUGAGGUUGUAAAUAUAUAAUCUUCAUGUAAAUGUUAACCGAUGCUGUGUCCGACUGCCUUGCCUUUCCAGUGAAAACGGGGUCUUUUGGCUAUUUUCCCGCCCCUCAUCUUCUCGAUGACGUUUUCACUAGCCUCGGGGCGGAGACAGAGGCUCGCCAGUUUUUGCCAUGUGGCGGGAGGACCAGCAAGAGACAGUAAAGGGCAGCGGAGGCCGCAGCUGGUCCUGCAGUUCUAUUGCAGCGGCUCAGCUCCCACCAAUCUCAACAAACAAGCCAGCAGCUAUGCUCGCUGGCCGCCGGCCCGCCCCUUCUACGGCAUAUUUUAUAUAUAUUAUAUAUAUAUGAUAUGUGAGUUAGCCCGGCCCCUCCAGUGAAUGUAAUGAAGGCAGUGAGGCUUUGCUUCGCCGGAGUCAGUCCUGCAAUGACAGACAGACAAAGUGCGUCUGAGGUGUUCUGCUCAUUGCCAUCCACCACGAGGCAUCGGAGGCUUUUCUGCCUUGAGCGCUGACAUGACAAAAUCAGAAGGAAAGGGAGCAGCUUCCUCGUUCUCUCUCCACGCCUGCCCAAGGCCUGUGGCCGGAGCCUCCAGACCCACCCCGUCUGUGUAUGAUAAAGAGGGGCGGGGUCCUGUCGUGGAUGCUCCUGCUAGGAUUAGAGCAGAUUAGAGAAGAAAGGCAAAAAAACCUACCUCAGGGUAAAGUUACCUCAGUAUUACUAAAAAGUUUUUUUGCUUGCUGGUGUUUUGUAUAAGAAGAGAAAGAAGCGAUGAGUCCUGAAUAUUUUUUUAUUUUUUUAAGGAAAAAGUAUUUUGCUUUUGGUAUUGUCUUGAUGAUUUGGUAAUUUUUUUUUUCUUUUUUUUUUGUGUGUGACCGAGCUCAGGAUGAUGACCUUUGUUCAAACUGACGGUCGAUUCACAGUAGAGGGCUGAGUGCCAUUUCGGUUCCUUAGUUUCCUUCAGUGAAACAGCGUACUUUUAGUCAUCCUGAUGAGUGAUUGGACCAUAGUUUAAAGAAAAUACUGGCCAAUGGGGAGCAGUGUUGACUCCAGAGAGCAGGUCUUGAUGGGCACAAGGUGAAAUGUCAUGUGACAGCAGUGCACUUCUAAGGCCUGCCCUCUUUUAGCCUAUUGUUAUGACAUCAUCACCAAAUCAAAGCAAGAGGGCGGAAGUGUUCAAAACCACAAACACGUCACAUGGAAAAUGAAGCUUUUACUUGUUGCGCCCUCCUCCACUAACCUGUGAGUCUGAUGGACACCUGUUUGUCAGGUGGUCCGUCCGGUGUCGCUGUUGGCGGGGUCCUCCACGAACACACACCUGAACUAGCUCUGACCUCUCUGAAUGUGAAUAUUUAUUAUCUGUGCACUGACCAUGACACCUCAGACGCUCCCUGUUGGCCACACUCAUGCUUGGCGAGUGAGAGAAUGUGUUUGCUGGUUUUCAAGGUUCUGUUUUUUUUUGUUUUUUUUUCGUCAAGAGGAUGUGGUCAGGUGGACAAAAAGUAGGAAUGGAAGCUAUGGUCCUCUGUCUUCGACCGACGAGGGAGGAAUAGAAGCAAAAUGAAGGAGACUGUAAUAACACUGUUGAGGAAUUGAUGCACUCCUGAACAUUCAUGAUGCUUUUGUAUUUUUGGAGAAAAUACAUAAAAACCUAAAGUGGGAAAAGAGCGUUAGGUUUUGGCAAAGAACAGACAGGAGAUGUUUUAUGUCUCACCUGCUUGAAGCUUCUCCCGUCACCAACCCUGCGGGACAGAUCUACUCUGUGAGUAAAUGCUUCCAUCUUUGUUCAGCUGCGGAGAUCUGCGUUCGGUCUCCAGCUCUCUCCAACCAUAGAGCUCUGUUCCCAACCACCAAGACAUUAUAGGAUCAUUGACUUAGCCGGCAGUCAUUUGUUUUGUUCAUAUUCAUUUUUUUUUGUUUUAUUUUAACAAUACAGCAAGCUUUAUUUGGACAUGACAUCUGUGGCGUACAGUUCCAUCAGAUCUACGUCAACCUAUCGAACGACUGAGACUUGAUACCAAUUUAGUACAACUGUGGCGAGUGAGAAGAUGUUCCUUCUCUUCACUUGUUCUCGGUUCCUUCUCUCCUGCUCCAGGAGGCAACGAAGAUAUUUAAUUUAAUUGUGGAAAGCAAGAAUAUGAUUGGGUUUUUUGGAGCAGGUGGGAACGUCAGGGUCCCUCACCCUCUCUCUCUGCGCUGGUCUCCAUUGUGUUUGUUUUGCUCACUUCAGUUGAACACAUUUCUUUAACUCUUUGUUUUCUCUCAAUUAAUACUUUUUGUUUGGAAAAAAAAAUGAGGAUCAUCCUGUUUGUUAUUUUGAAUGCACAAAUCUAUAUAAAAAAAAAAUGAAACCGCUUAAAAUAUGACUAACAUGUAGCUCCAUAUAUGACAGUAACUGUGCCAAACACACAGGAAGGGUCUCUGUAUUAGAUGCAAUACAGCCAUGUUUGAGCAAAGAGCACUGGACCCGUAAACGUCAAAGAAUUUAGGAGAGAACGUUGGUGAUGUGUCAUGGUAGGGAUGAUAUGACUCCACUCACCGUGCUGCCUACUCUUUCCUUAGAUUCCCACACACAACCGAAAAUGACCUCCUGCUUCCAGUUGGGUGCACAAUUCACCGUGUUGAAACCGCAGACCAUAUCUGUUGUUGACAAGGCCCAAAAUUGCAAGCCUUUUUUGAGCUAAAUGGGUAAUAUAUAAAUAUAUAUCUCUGCUGCGGUCCUUUAUGAAAUGUUCCCUUCUCCAGUAGCGUCACUUUACACUUUGAAAGAGUGGGUCUGAAGUAUUUUUGGGCAGGAACAUCAGCAAAACUCCCUGCUCUGUCGAGGAGGCUACUUACCACUCCUGAGAGAAGAAACGAACCACACGUAACUAGGAACGCUACCUCAAGAAAAUCAGAAAUUAAACUCAGCUAGAAGAUUGUUUCUUAAAUUUACGUUAACAAGAACGUCGGAUACAGACACCACCCGCACUCUGUUACGCUCACCUUUAUAAUUUAUUUUCAUUUUGCUUUUAAAAUUUACCUCUCUGCCCAGAAGGCGAGACUGUAAAGUAACUGACUGAAAAGAUAAAAAAAACACAAAAAGUUCAUAUUGACACGUUGUGGUACUGGGAUAGUCGUCUCAGUAGGGCUGUAAUUCAGGUGUGGGCCGCACUCCUGGAUCAGCCCUGCUGCCCCGCUCUCUCGUCCUCACAAUCUCACCGCCUGAAUCAAGAGGCAAAACACCUGUAACCAUGUAAUUGUUUUGUUGAUCUACCUCUUAGAACAAUAGGUAUUUUUGUUUUUGUUUUUUUUUCUGAAAAAGGACACAAAAGUGUAAAAAAAAAAUGUUCAAAAUAAAUCUAGAUAAAUAAAUACCUGGGUAGCGGCAUCUCCAUAUACUGUAGUGGAUAGUCUAUUAAAGGAAAACUUCUUCCAAAGAUGAUUUUUUGUUUACUUUCUCCAUUUUUAGUCUAAAAAUAAUACACUUCAAUGGGGCUCAAACUCCUGUUUAUAAUUUCUUCUUUAAAAAGCCCAACAUGAAAGAGAUUUCUUGAUUCAAUUUACAUUUAUUUUCUUUUCAUGAAACUUGCAUUUUUAAAAGUCAUGUUUUAUUUUAUCUGUUUUCUUCUGACUGCAGAUUGUAUCUCGUGUUUGGGUGCAUUUACCUUUUUUUUUUUUUUUUUUUCUGGGAAAGCCUUCAUGAGUUAGCGCGCCUGCAAGGACCUUCUACACUGAUCAAUAACCUAUAUUCACUUCUGAUGAGUCACUUGAGAGCAAAAGGACCUGUUGUUGUUUUAGUUGACUGUGUAGCUGCGGGUGGAAGGAGGCGCCUCUGGUGCACACUGGCUGGCCUUCCCCCUUCCACCACAUGGCGCCUUUAGUCUUUACAGUAUAUGGACUUUCACCCUCUGCCUGCCUGAUUCCUUUAGUCUUCAUCAACACUUGUUUAAAACUCCUUGUAAACAAAACAGAGCAUAGAUAUGAAUGUGUUAUUA